AAGACGAUGUGAGAAACAGGGGAAGUAACUUGCUGCAAGGGAGACAACUCAUUAGGUUGUCUAUGCCUUAGUAACGUGUAAUCAAUAAAUCGGUAUAAAGUGGACAAUGAAAUCUGUAAGUGACAGACCUCUGCCAUCUCGUUCCUUUAACAUACCUGUUCUUGUUUUCAUCGGUGACACAAUACUUUCACGAUAAUCUUUGAUAUAUAUGCAAUGGUUAUCAUCAUCUAAACUAUGUAAAAAAUGUCGACUGGAUUAAGUUAUCAAGGACUACGGUGUGCACAUCAAGCACGAGAAGCGGAGGAAUUAAAAACAUCCCAAAGACGGAAAAAUCUUCUAAUACUUAUCAUUCACUAUCUUACCGAACAAGGCUAUCGAGAAUCUGCUGAUUGCUUGACAAAAGAGACCAACAUUGAUGUGAACCGCUAUGAGACAUGUGACAAUAUUGAUUUAGAAACUAUCCUGAUGGACUUUGAGAAUUAUUACCACCUCAAAUUUUCCAAGUACCCGAAACUAACUAAAGCAUCUUUAUCAAGCGCUGCUGAACGCCGUGCAGGAGACAAACAUUGCCGAAGUGCCAAGUCAUCAGCGACUCUUGUAAAUGGAUUGCCACAGAUAAGUGGAGGAUCUCGAGGUCACAUUUCACCCCCACUUGCAAAUCCAUGCCAAACCUCAGGAAGACAAAAGUUAUCAGCACAUCAGACAAAAAGAAAUUUUAAAAGUAACCCAACUAUUGGUCAAGUCGCAAAGCAGAGUUCAGAAGAUAAAGGUGACCUCCAGCUCAUUGCUACAAAUGUCGCUUCAAGUCAAAAGCAAGAGCAAAACAAAGAAAGUGGGCAAAUAAAGGACAGACAUCUACAGAUCAUUGAUUUUCGAGCGUUAUUGAAUGGUGCAACAAAGCUAAGUCUUGAUGAUAACUUGGAAGCUUCACCUCAAGACCGUCUGUUGAAGCCACUUGGAGGUUACAUGGGUUAUAACAACGAAUGGAGAGACCUGGCACAACUAAUUAGUCGGGAGAUUUAUGUCCACAAUCCAAAUCUAGGCUGGAAUGAUAUUAUUGGUUUAGAUGAAGCCAAGAGGUUAGUGAAGGAAGCUGUGGUGUAUCCAAUUAAGUAUCCAUCACUAUUUAAAGGAAUCUUGUCUCCUUGGAAAGGGUUACUACUGUAUGGACCUCCAGGAACUGGCAAAACAUUGUUGGCCAAAGCUGUUGCUACAGAGUGUGACACAACAUUCUUUAAUAUAUCUGCCUCCAGUAUAGUCAGCAAGUGGCGUGGUGAUUCAGAGAAACUUGUCAGGGUUUUAUUUGAACUGGCACGGUUCCAUGCACCCUCAACAAUCUUUCUUGAUGAACUGGACUCGCUCAUGAGCCAGCGUGGAUCAAAUGGUCAAGGAGUAGAGCAUGAAGGAAGUAGAAGGAUGAAGACAGAAUUGUUGGUACAAAUGGAUGGUUUAGCAAAAACUGAUGAACUUGUUUUUCUACUGACAGCAUCAAACCUUCCCUGGGAGUUGGACAAUGCCAUGUUACGGCGUCUAGAGAAACGUAUCCUUGUUGGUUUACCAAAGAAGGACGCACGUCAGGCCAUGUUUAACCUGUUUCUCCCAAAAAUUGUUACUUCAGAUGAAGGAGGACCUAAACUUUGCACUGAUCUGGACUACGAUUUAUUGGCAGAGAAAACUGAAGGCUAUUCUGGAUCUGAUAUCAAGCUUGUCUGUAAAGAAGCUGCCAUGAGACCAAUGAGGAAAAUAUUUGACAUCCUAGAGAAUGAGAAAGCAGAUAAGGAAUUGAAUAUACAGCUAGACACACUGACAACCUAUGAUGUCGAGAUGGCACUAGAACGAACCAAACCUUCUGCUAGGGGACUGGUGGAGCAGUAUGCUGCCUGGCAAAAGGAGUUUGAAUCUGUAUAAAAUCUAAUUUAUUAGAUUUUAAUCUAUUAUUUAUAUAUUUAUUUGUUUCUAUUUUAUACACUUUUCUUUUCUAUCAAUAAAAUGUUUAAAAAGCUG